UGAUCGCGAAUACGUCAUGUCAGACAUGCGCAGUUGUCGCUGCCACCAGCUUUGUUGGGUUGCUACAUGCUACUGCUAACUAGCAAGCAAGUAUUUCCUGCCUGUGAGUGGACACAGCUAUGGACAUCGACGCGUUAUCGGAGGCGUUUCAAGAAUUUGAGAAGAAAGGCAAGAAAGAAACCUGUCCUCAACUAGAGCAAUUCUUGUGUCAUGUUGCCAAGACGGGGCAGCCACUGAUCUCAUGGUCACAGUUCAAAAAGUACUUUGUGUUCAAGUUGGAAAAAGUCAUGGAUGAUUUCCAAGCUUCAGCACCAGAACAUCGAGCGCCACAUAAUCCCAACGUAGAGUAUGUUCCCUUUGAAGAGAUGAAGACGAGGAUCUUAAAAAUAGUGGAUGGCUACAAUGGAAUCCCAUUCACCAUCCAGCGUCUAUGUGAACUCCUCACAGACCCAAAGCGCAACUAUACAGGAACAGACAAGUUUCUCAUGGGUUUAGAGAAGAAUGUUAUGGUCGUCAGCUGUGUGUACCCCACAUCAGAGAAAAAUGGGGCAUCCAGUGUAAACAGAAUGAAUGGAGUGAUGUUUCCUGGUAACUCUUCUCUGUAUUCAGACAGUAGAUAUCUAAAUGGACCAGACAUACCAAAAUCGCUCACCAGACCAAAGCUGUCAUUGGCGUCUUCACUUUCUACCAACGGGCUCCCUGACUGCACAGUCAGUAAAGAGCCAGAGCCGACCACAGAGGAGGUGGAGGAUCACCAUACCAGUGAUUCCUCGUCAUCAUCAGAGGGUGAAAUUUCACCAAACAGCGGGAUAAAGAACAAACACCCUGAGGAGGAGGAAGAGGAGGAGGAUCCUGAUGCUGGCAAGCAUGAGGUCAAGAGGCCCAAGCUUGACGAAAAAGAGGAGGAUAAAACAGAAAGUGAAGAAAAUGAGUCUUGUAGUAAAGGGCCAGAGAGCUCGCCAGAGACACCACAGUCAUCAGAAGAAUCUUGUCGCCAAGAGUACAAAAGUGGAACAUCUUGUGACACAACUGCUAUUUCAGAGGAUCACGAGCCCAGCAGCACACAGACAGAGCCUUCUGAAAGGGAAGAGGACUUGUCAGAGACGGGGGAUGCAGAUAGUCUGGAGAAGGACAGCACGGAGGAUCAACCUGAGCAGCCUGCUCCAUCAGAGAAGAGUACAAGCUUUGAGCAGGACAAUGGGGAGAGCAGCAGCAGCAGCAGCAGUAGCAGUGAUGGAGAAGGAUUACCCAGCGACAAGCAGCUUCCCUCUUCUAGUAGUUCACCUGACGUGUCAACAGAGGGCGAUGCUGACAGUUCAAACAGCGCUAAGACUGCAAUAGAGCCUGAGGAACAUGACUAACGUGAAGCCCAGCCUGCCAACUGACUUUUUUUUACACUGUAUGAUACCACACCAAGGGUAUAUCUGUAGCACUGUGGACCUCUGGACUUCAAGACCAGGAGCGAUGUGAACCUCAAGAUCCCUCAUGGAAGGAUCUUUUUGUCCUCUUCACUUUCAACUACCCGAGUCCACACAUCGCCUGGUCUUUAAACUGGAAGGAAAUGAUUUAAAAAUGACAGAAACUCUGCUUUUUUUCACUGUUGACUAAAACUUUUUCUAAUCUCUUUUUCCCUGGUUUUUAUAUGAGCGCUAUAAUUUGACCUUGAUAACUGAUAAAUUCAGCCAUUUCACUUUUCUUAAAUCAUUUGCCAUGUAUUUUCAAAAAGAUACAUUUCACAGUUUGAGUUUUGGCCUAAGCAAUUGUUUUGUUGACUAUUUUUCUGAUGAAUUUGUGUCUCCUGUUAAUUGAGGACACAUGCCAUUAAGAAUGUGAAACAACACUUCACAGACGUCUGUUUGCUUUUUCUAUGAAGAACAUAGCAUCAAAUGUAUUUCUUAUUAAUAUUAUAUUGCACUUGCUUUCAUUUACCCUUUGGAGGAUGUGGAAAUAUCACAGUUUUGCUUUGUCAUGGUAUGAAGCCAAUAUAAACGCAAUGUUGCCAGUAGUAACCAGUUUGUUAAAUAGAGUAUUGGUUUGGCUUGAGGGGAAGCCAUUUCUGCAUCAAAAUCUGUCAAUAGAACACAAGGUACUUUUACACUUUCUGUAUGUCAUACCUUAGUUGUACAAAUGUCCCUUUUGAUAGCUUGGAUUUUUACAGUAAGCGUCUGUAAAUCAGUUUUUGUAGACUUGUAAUACAUGUCAACUCCCUUCGUAAAACUGAUCAUGGCUGGAAAUUGAAUGCUUGAGCUUGUAUCAUGGUAUUCAUGGAAAGCAAUAAAUGAUAAAAAAAAAAAA